AUGAGUCGACAAGAGCGGGUGAGAUACAUCAACACGUACCUGCAGGCGUCGAGACGGGAACCAUACCGCAGCGAGUUUCGUCAGUUGCUGGCGAUUCACCGCAACAGCUUCUUCGAUCGCAUCCACGAGCGCAACCAGUUUCUCCCGUGGCAUCGCAUGUUUCUUCUCCAGUUCGAGAACAUUCUGCGCAAGAUCGACUGCAACGUGACGCAACCGUACUGGGACUGGAGUCUGUACGGAAAUUCGCCGUGGACUGCACCGCUUUGGCAGGACGAUCCGAGCUGGUUCGGAACGGACGGCAACGGCUGGAACGGUGAGGUGAGAAACGGUCCCUUCAGCUGUAAUUCCUACCGCGCCAUUGACGGUCAGUGCUUGUACCGUCGCUUCAGUACUUUCCGCAUUCUGCCGACGGUCGUGGCGAUUAGACAGCUGUUGGUGCUUUCUGCCGACGACGUGGAGGAAUGGCAUGUUGAUAUGGAGGGAACGAUACACAAUCAGUUUCAUUGCUCGGUGGGCGGAACGAUGUGCACGAUCCAGUCCGCGGACGCUCCCGAAUUCUUUCUCCAUCACGGAUUUGUUGACAAGCUGUGGGCCGACUGGCAAGCGGACAGCAGUGAUAAAUAUGAUAGCGUUAUUGAUCCUAACCGUGACGAGGUGCUGGUGGAGCUCAGUGAGAGAAUGCCUCAGAGUGGGGUUGAUGAUUGGUACUGCUCUCACAUGCUCAAUAUGUCCAACCUGCCUCAAAAUGUCUGUGUCGUGUAUGAAGAGGCGACACACAAUCAAGCACAGCAGCUACAGUCGGCUCUUGCUGUUAUGUCAAUGGACCAGCUUUCUGGUCUGAAUGCAGUUCGCUGUCAGCCACCUCUCGAGGCCUCAUUCCAACUCUUUCAAGUCAGUGAUGAAGAGAGGAAGCAGAUUAUAGCUGCCAACGAGAGACUCUGUGGCUCUCGUAAUGAUGCUCAUGUGCCUGUGUUUACCGAUGGCAAUUCUGUUGCAGCCGGAGUAGACUUCGAUUCGAUAUUGGGGAUAAGUACGAGUCAUAAUGAAAACCCAACUGACACAUUGACAUCACAAUAG